AUGGAGCUCGCAUCCCCCGCUACCACUCAAUAUCCUUCUGAAUCGGGGACCGGAAUGCCUGUAAUGUCUUCAGUGGCAUCAGCGCUCCAUCAACAGCUCACUGAGCUCCAUGCAGGGAUGAAAAGGUUCCAGGAACUGUAUGCGAGUCAUGCCGAUCAGCUGACCAAGGCUGACAUCGACACGAUGGUCGGCGAACUUGGACUGCUGAAACGCACUGUGGAAUGGACUCAUCGGACCAUGGACGAUGAAUCAGCUGCUAUCGACUCCUGCGUUGAUGAUCUCAUUGCUGGAUGCUCCGAAGCCAUAGUAGAGGCUAAAAUAGAAUACAGGAUCAACCAAGAACCCUCUUUGAAAGAUAUCAGCGACGAUUUCACCAGGAAGGUCUAUGUUGAUGACAAAGGUCCAGUCUCGAUUCAGAUUCAGAUCACUCCUCUAUUGGUCGACAAUAUCGAAAGAAGAUUGACCAGCUCUCAACUUUAUGCGUGGUACAAUACUGAUCCAUCUCAUGUACCCGACAUAUGGUCCAAAUUUGGACAUGAUACAAUCAAGGUUAAUACCUCGGAUGGUACCAACUUCAAGUGCUACUUCGGUCCAGCUGACUAUAUGAUUGCCAUUAAUAACGUACAAUUUGGAGACGAGAAUUGCUUCGAUACUAUGAAAGAACGAAACAGCACCGCCUGA